UUUGCAUCAAAUGCAACACGGGAAAAUGUAUACAACAAGUGUGAGAACUGCGCAGCACAUUGUUAUUUAUGUGAGAACAAAAAGUGUUUGAUAUGUAAUGACACUUUUUUAUUAAAUAAUGAAAAUGUCUGUGUUGAAGUAGAAAAUAAAAUUUCAAAUGGUAUAUUAACUGUUCGGUGUAAUGACACUUUUUAUAUAACAAAUGGCGUUUGUAACAACUGUACAUCAAAAUAUGAACACACUGUUUUGUGUAACAAAAACAAUACAAUUUCAUGUGAAGCAGAUUAUAACAUUUAA